ACGAGGGAAAUCACAUGCGAAGUACAAGUAUCGCUCGAUAGCUGCGCUGAUGACUGUAGAGGGCGCCCGUGGCCUGGAAUUGUCGUGGCAUUUUUAAUGUGAAAAACCAGGAAAAAAAACAGGAAAAUUGGAGGUGCGGGGCGAUUGUGAUAGUGUGUUUGUUUAGCAAUGUCAGAGCGCAAGGAGCAGCGCCAAUGGGCCACGAUAUUCCUGCUCUGUCUGCUGUGGUAUAUCGUAUCCUCAUCCAAUAAUGUGAUCGGAAAGCUUGUCCUCAGUGAAUUUCCCUUUCCCACAACCGUCACAAUGGUACAACUGCUCAGUAUAACUGUGUACAGUGGACCCUUCUUCAAUCUGUGGGGAGUCCGGAAGUAUGCCGAUAUGUCUUGGCGUUAUUAUGCCAAGAUAAUCAUCCCGCUGGCCCUAGGCAAGUUCCUUGCCUCCGUGUCCUCUCACAUCAGCAUAUGGAAAGUACCCGUCUCCUAUGCGCACACAGUGAAGGCCACAAUGCCUCUUUUCACCGUCAUCCUGUCUAGGAUAAUUCUAAAAGAGCGGCACACGACGCUCGUUUACCUGAGUCUCGUGCCAAUUAUCACUGGUGUGGGCAUUGCCACAGUGACUGAGCUAUCCUUCGACAAGAUUGGCCUCAUCUGCGCCCUCCUGUCCACCAUGGGAUUCUCAUUGCAGAACAUAUUCUCAAAAAAAGUGCUCAAAGACACUGGAGUCCAUCAUUUAAGGCUCCUACAUAUCCUUGGGCGUCUAGCACUCUUCAUGUUCCUCCCAGUGUGGUUCUACAUGGACUUCUUUAGCGUAAUCGCCCAUCCAACAGUACUGACGCGCAAUUACACCGUUCUUGCGCUGCUCUUUACGGAUGGUGUUCUGAAUUGGCUGCAGAACAUCAUAGCCUUCAGCGUUCUCUCACUCGUGACGCCGCUAACGUAUGCUGUCGCGAGUGCCUCAAAGAGGAUCUUCGUCAUAGGUGUGAGUUUGCUGAUCCUGGGCAAUCCGGUAACAUGGAUGAAUGUGUUUGGAAUGGUGCUGGCUAUCCUUGGCGUGCUUGGAUAUAAUCGGGCCAAGUAUUUGUCCAGGCACGUGGACACGAAACCGCCAGUUUUGCCAUUCACUAAUCAGCAAUGGAACUACAGUAAAUUGCCGACGACAAACAACUUCUAUGGCAACGGAGAGAUAUAUUCGAAUGGGAUAAAGACAACAAAUCUGCUGCUCAACAAUAACACCUCCACGACAAAUAAACUGCUCUUCGUCUGAGGCAUGCGGAGUUCUAAAGCGCCCCUCAAACGCGUGUCUCUAGCAACCGACCGGCAAUCAGUAUUAGGUGGAAAUGAGAACAAUUGAAGCUGCUCGUCUUCAAGCUACAACAUCGACGAAUUGAGACAAAUGUCGUGACUUGAUAAUCUCUGGUAUUCCCCCAGAGAUCUCGCAAAA